CACAGCAGCAAGAUGUCCGAGGUAGAAAAUACUUUCCGCAAGUUUGCGACAUACGGUGACACAGCUGCCAGUGGCAACAGCAUGACAGGGAAGAACUUUUCCAAGAUGUGCAAAGAGUGUGGGGUGAUGGAUGGGAAAGCCGUGACCAGCACUGACAUUGACAUCGUAUUCAACAAAGUCAAGGCCAAGGGUGCUCGGACCAUCACCUUUGCUGAGUUCCAGCAGGCCAUGAAGGAGCUCUGUGUGAAGCGCUUCAAGAACAAAUCACCAGAGGAAGCACUGCAGGCUGUGUAUGGCCUCAUUGAGGGGAAGGAGCCUGGCCACGUGGGCACCACGAAAGCCACCAAGGUUGGUGGGGUCGAGAGGCUGACGGACACGAGCAAAUACACCGGGACCCACAAAGAGCGUUUUGAUGAGAGUGGCAAAGGAAAGGGUCUUGCUGGCCGUGAAGAUCUGACAGACAACAGCGGCUAUGUUGGAGCCUACAAGGAAGCUGGAACCUAUGACAAGACACACUAG